CAAAUUUGUACAUACAAAUUUUUGUUUUGUAUUAAAAGUAUUGAUGAAUUUAGUUGAACUUUACAUGUGAAAAAAGAAGAAGAUCAAGAGUCAAGAAAGUGAUCAAGAGGCAAAUAUGGUGGGCAUUUUUUCAAGAUUUUCUGUGAGCAGAGUUGGCCAUCGUCGAACUCAAAGUGCACUUGAUGAAAGGGAAGUGUUUCCCCCAAAUUCAGAGGCUACUAUAGACAGGGCUUCCUCUGGGACGCCUCAUGGUGUUGAAUUUGCAGUUGAGUUCAAGCCAGUUAAACACCCAUCUGAGCCUCUUGAGAUUGAUCGACCAAUUCAAUGUCCCUUUCCAGAACCUUCAGUACUAAAUGAGGGAAGAAUAUGGAAGGAGCGAGGGUCUUCUGUGCGGCGAAUUAGAAGGCCUGAAGGAAGAGCUACCGACUCUAUGGCAACUCGAACAAUACCUAGACCUCCCAAGAAUCGGGUUAUUCUUCCAUCAAUGAGUGCACCUGAACAUAGUCUGCUUAAAUUGUUGGAGGAAUCUGGGAUUUGUUGAUGGAUUGCUCAGCUUUGUCAAGGUACUAUUGCUAUGCCAAAGAAACGUGAUGGUAUUGUGUAUGUAAAAAUUCAAACACAGUUGCAUGUAAAUUUCUAUAAUAAUGUUAAAAAGAUUUCCUUUGUACUGCAGACA